AUGGUGGAUGUAAGUAUUUUGGCCAAGGUCCAGUUUGAUCAAACCACUGAACAUAACCUCAAAGGCCUCAGCAUCUUCAACUUCACUGUCUCCAACUUCACUGUCUCCAACUUCACUGUCUCCAACUUCACUGUCUCCAACUUCACUGUCUCCAACUUCACUGUCUCCAACUUCACUGUCUCCAACUUCACUGUCUCCAACUUCACUGUCUCCAACUGUCUCCACUUCACUGUCUCCAACUUCACUGUCUCCAACUUCACUGUCUCCAACUUCACUGUCUCCAACUUCACUGUCUCCAACUUCACUGUCUCCAACUUCACUGUCUCCAACUUCACUGUCUCCAACUUCACUGUCUCCAACUUCACUGUCUCCAACUUCACUGUCUCCAACUUCACUGUCUCCAACUUCACUGUCUCCAACUUCACUGUCUCCAACUUCACUGUCUCCAACUUCACUGUCUCCAACUUCACUGUCUCCAACUUCACUGUCUCCAACUUCACUGUGUCCAACUUCACUGUCUCCAACUUCACUGUCUCCAACUUCACUGUCUCCAACUUCACUGUCUCCAACUUCACUGUCUCCAACUUCACUGUCUCCAACUUCACUGUCUCCAACUUCACUGUCUCCAACUUCACUGUCUCCAACUUCACUGUCUCCAACUUCACUGUCUCCAACUUCACUGUCUCCAACUUCACUGUCUCCAACUUCACUGUCUCCAACUUCACUGUCUCCAACUUCACUGUCUCCAACUUCACUGUCUCCAACUUCACUGUCUCCAACUUCACUGUCUCCAACUUCACUGUCUCCAACUUCACUGUCUCCAACUUCACUGUCUCCAACUUCACUGUCUCCAACUUCACUGUCUCCAACUUCACUGUCUCCAACUUCACUGUCUCCAACUUCACUGUUCCAACUUCACUGUCUCCAACUUCACUGUCCAUCUCCAACUUCACUGUCUCCAACUUCACUGUCUCCAACUUCACUGUCUCCAACUUCACUGUCUCCAACUUCACUGUCUCCAACUUCACUGUCUCCAACUUCACUGUCUCCAACUUCACUGUCUCCAACUUCACUGUCUCCAACUUCACUGUCUCCAACUUCACUGUCUCCAACUUCACUGUCUCCAACUUCACUGUGUCCAACUUCACUGUCUCCAACUUCACUAUGUCCAACUUCACUGUCUCCAACUUCACUGUCUCCAACUUCACUGUCUCCAACUUCACUGUCUCCAACUUCACUGACCGUGCCAUUUGUAUUAUAUGUAAAGAAAACGUGUCCGUGUUUAAAGAAUACAACCUUCGCCGCCAUCACGAAACCCGUCACAAGGAGUAUGCUAGCUUGAAAGGGGCAGCGAGAGAUGACAAAGUUCGGCGACUGAAAGGUGGUCUAGCAGCUCAGCAGGAUGCCCUGCUCCGUCAAUCACGGGCCAACCUGGCUGCUGUCCGAGCAAGCUACAAAGCAGCUAACCUACUGGCUAUUCACGGCAAGCCGUUCACGGACGGUGAAUUCGGGAAGGCUAUGAUGCUGGCUGUGUCUGAGGAAGUGUGCCCCGAGAAGACGGAUACCUUCAGAGGGGUGAGUCUCUCGGCACAAAGCAUGACUAGGCGAAUUGAGGAGAUGGGGGAAAACGUCCUUGACCAACUCAGAGAGAAAGCGAAAGAUUUUGUUUUUUUUGCUUUAGCCAUGGAUGAGAGUAAUGACGUGAAGGACACGGCACAGCUCUUGAUUUUUAUCCGUGGUGUUAACGCUCGUUUUGAGGUAUCAGAGGAGCUAGCAUCUCUGAACAGUUUAAAAGGGACAACAACGGGUGAAAACAUAUUCGCCGAAGUUUGCAAAACAAUGGACGAGCUUGGUCUGCAAUGGACGAAGUUUGCCAGUGUUACAACAGAUGGUGCGCCUUGCAUGGUCGGAUCGACAAGGGGGCUAGUAGGGCGCUUGAACGGCGAGUUCGAGGAGCGAGGUCUCGCUCCACCGAUUCAAGUUCACUGUUUGAUCCACCAGCAAGCGCUGUGCUGCAAAGUGUUAAAGUGGGCGUCCGUGAUGAAGGUGGUCCUGCAGUGUGUCAACUACAUCCGGAAAAAUGGGCUGAAACACAGGCAGUUCCAGGCCUUUCUCUCCGAAUUGGGGUCUGCCUACCAGGAUGUGCUGUACUACACCGAAAUUCGAUGGCUAAGUCGAGGCAAAGUAUUGCGCCGUUUCUACGACCUGCUGCCCGAAAUUAAUACCUUCCUCCAGUCUAAAGGUGAAACGGUACAGGAGCUGACGGACCCGGGGUGGAAAUGGGACCUCGCGUUUUUAACUGAUGUGACUGAAGUGUUGAACCACCUCAACCUACAGCUCCAAGGCAAAGGGAAUCUCAUCAGUGACAUGUAUUCCCACAUAAAAGCAUUCGAGGUCAAACUGCAGCUCCUUCUGCGACAGGUCCAAAAGCUGGACUUCACACAUUUCCCUGCCACCCAAAUGUACUGCGCCGAGAAACCAGCUGCCCCUUUCCCUGUCGCGAAGUGCAAGGAUGCCCUGGAGAUGCUGCAGCGAGAGUUCAGUGUGCGCUUCCGCGAGCUUCAUGUCAACAACAAAGACAUACGUCUGUUCCAGAACCCGUUUGCUGCUGACAUAGACGACGCACGUCCCUCUCUUCAGUUUGAACUAGCCGAGCUGCAGAAUUGUGAUGUCCUUAAAGACGCAUUCAAGCCUGACAGCCUACUUGAGUUCUAUGCUGCUCUACCAGAGUGCACAUACCCAAACAUCAAACAACAUGCUCUGAGGAUGUGCACCGCAUUUGGCAGCACCUACACGUGCUACACCCAGACAUCAGACUUCUCGCCAGCCAGAAGCAGGCACACAGUUCACACUGAUAGGUUUCCAGGCAGCAGGAGAGGGGACUGCAACUGCUGA